CGCCGAGAGAAUACUCGUGCCACUCUCGCAGACUCUCACCAACACAUCGACACGCCGACUCGAGCAGCAGACCUUGGCUGCUUCCGCAGCGGGCAGGCGGGGCUGUAGCACGGCGUGAAACCUCGAGAACUCCGCAUACAGCUUGUCCCUGUCACUAGUACUCUCACCCGUGCAUUCAACGGCUUCUAUCCUCAGUCAGCUCACAACGUCCCGCCCACAGCUAUCCACGAGCAGCCAGGAAACUCCAAACCGACACGUCACAGAUGAAUGCGAACAACUCGUGCCACAAACGCGGAACCACUCCCCGGACAGGUACCUAGCCUGCGCCAAGCUCACAAGGGCCUUCAAGCCUCGACGCGGUCCUUGCCAAUCCAGGACACUCGCCGUCUACGAUUGAGCCGCCGCUUAGCCAGGGCGCUGGGUAGCGAACCUGCCCCGACAACCAGCCUGAGCGGAUCCCAUCACAAGGAGUCACCGUGCGCGUGGGUAGAGGCCGUCGAUGUCGAGCGAUCUCCAUACGCACUCAACACCAAUACGCGCGAUGGAACGCGCUGGGUUCCCGACGCACAGAACAACUCCUCUCCUGCGGGUCGCCACCGCCAAACUACCCAUCGCCCGUGUGCAAGGGCGCGCCGCGCACGGUGGUCAAUCUCGCUCGAAAGAUCAACCCGCGCGUAUCGCGCGCACCAAUGCGAACACUCUCGGAACGCUCAUUUCUCAGGGCGGCGUCUUCAACCAUGGGCAAACUCGCGUGCCCCGCACCUCCCCAACUGCACGUCGCCCUCGCUCGCGCCCAGCGCCCUCCCCUACUUCUCCACGCCGCAACCGCAGUGAGACUACGCGCCGGUGCCCUCUGUCGAUGUUCGCGUUGGCUUCGGGCCGGGUGGUCGCAUCCGGAGGGCACCGACCUCUCUGCCUCGCA